UCCCGCCCCCGCCGCCAUUUUCCAUGUUAUUCUUUCCUGCCUUACAGUAUUUUAUGAUUUUUAAUGCAACAGUUUGAUUGUUAAGUUUGGAUUAUUAUAGUCGUGGUUUCUCCAGCUUGGCGCAGGGAGUGUUUCAUCUCCAAAUUUGCAGAGGGGACGCCCUGGAUAAGCAGCCAUGUAUAUUAAACAGGUGAUCAUUCAGGGGUUCCGAAGUUACAGGGACCAAACUGUGGUAGACCCUUUUAGCCCAAAGCACAAUGUCAUCGUUGGGAGGAAUGGAUCAGGAAAAAGUAACUUUUUCUAUGCCAUCCAGUUUGUGCUCAGUGAUGAAUUCAGCCACCUGCGACCUGAACAACGCUUGGCCCUGCUCCAUGAGGGAACUGGUCCACGUGUCAUUUCGGCUUUUGUGGAGAUUAUAUUUGACAACUCUGACAACCGACUGCCGAUUGACAAAGAGGAAGUCUCCCUUCGUCGUGUCAUUGGAGCAAAGAAGGACCAGUACUUUUUAGACAAGAAGAUGGUGACUAAGAAUGAUGUCAUGAACCUUUUGGAGAGUGCUGGCUUCUCUCGGAGUAACCCCUACUACAUUGUCAAGCAGGGAAAGAUCAACCAAAUGGCCACAGCCCCUGACUCACAGCGUCUAAAGCUGCUGAGAGAGGUGGCAGGGACACGAGUGUAUGAUGAACGCAAAGAGGAGAGUAUUUCCCUCAUGAAGGAGACAGAGGGGAAGCGAGAGAAGAUCAAUGAACUGCUGAAAUACAUCGAGGAGCGUCUGCACACCUUGGAAGAUGAAAAGGAAGAACUGGCUCAGUACCAGAAGUGGGACAAAAUGAGAAGAGCUUUGGAGUACACAAUCUACAACCAGGAGCUGAAUGAAACCCGUGCCAAGCUGGAUGAGUUGUCCACCAAGAGAGAAACCUGUGGAGACAAGUCCAGACAACUGCGUGAUGCUCAGCAAGAUGCCAGAGACAAAGUGGAGGAAACGGAGCGUGUUGUGCGAGAGCUGAAGUCUAAGAUCUCUGCCAUGAAGGAGGAGAGAGAGCAGCUGUCGGCAGAGCGCCAGGAGCAGAUCAAGCAGAGGACCAAACUCGAGUUGAAGGCCAAGGACCUGCAGGACGAGCUGGCAGGCAACAGAUUAGCUCAAGCUACACAAGAGAGGACAGACUUGUAUGCUAAGCAGGGUCGUGGCAGUCAGUUCACCUCUAAGGAAGAAAGGGACAAGUGGAUCAAAAAGGAGUUGAAGUCUCUGGACCAGGCUAUCAAUGACAAAAAGAGGCAGAUUGCUGCCAUCCACAAAGACCUGGAGGACACAGAAGCAAACAAGGAGAAGAAUCUCGAGCAGUACAACAAACUCGAUCAAGAUCUGAAUGAGUCUGUCGGCUACCUGUGGCGUGAGGAGAACGCAGAGCAGCAGGCUCUGGCAGCCAAACGAGAGGACCUGGAGAAAAAACAGCAGCUCCUCAGAGCAGCCACCGGCAAGGCCAUCUUGAAUGGUAUUGACAGCAUCAACAAAGUCCUUGAGCAUUUCCGUCGAAAGGGCAUCAACCAGCAUGUCAUCAAUGGUUAUCAUGGCAUCGUCAUGAAUAACUUUGAAUGUGAGCCUGCUUUUUACACCUGCGUGGAGGUUACAGCUGGGACCAGGCUGUUUUACCACAUUGUGGAGACUGAUGAAGUGAGCACUAAAAUACUCAUGGAGUUCAACAAAAUGAACUUGCCUGGAGAAGUCACAUUCCUACCUCUGAGCAAGCUGGACGUCAGAGACACCGCAUACCCAGAAACCAACGAUGCCAUCCCAAUGAUCAGCAAGCUCCGCUACAGUUCCAACUUUGACAAAGCCUUCAAGCACGUGUUUGGGAAGACCCUCAUUUGUCGUAGCAUGGAGGUUUCCACCCAGUUGGCAAGAGCUUUCACCAUGGACUGUAUUACUCUGGAGGGUGACCAAGUCAGCCACCGUGGAGCUCUGACAGGAGGAUACUAUGAUACCAGAAAGUCUCGCCUGGAGCUUCAGAAAGACAUGAGGAAGGCUGAGGAGGAGCUGGGUGAGCUGGAGGCCAAACUCAAUGAAAACCUGCGCAGGAACAUUGAACGUAUCAACAAUGAGAUUGACCAACUGAUGAAUCAGAUGCAGCAGAUCGAGACACAGCAGAGGAAGUUUAAGGCAUCCAGAGACAGUAUUCUGUCAGAAAUGAAGAUGUUGAAGGAGAAGAGGCAGCAGUCGGAGAAGACUUUCAUGCCCAAGCAACGCAGCCUUCAGAGUUUGGAGGCCAGCCUCCAUGCCAUGGAGUCCACCAGAGAGUCGCUGAAGGCGGAGCUCGGUACAGAUUUGCUGUCUCAGCUCAGCCUGGAAGAUCAGAGGCGUGUCGACGACCUCAACGAUGAGAUUCGUCAGUUGCAGCAGGACAACAGACAGUUGCUGAAUGAGAGAAUCAAGCUUGAGGGCAUCAUGACCAGAGUGGAAACAUAUCUCAAUGAGAACUUAAGGAAACGUCUUGACCAAGUGGAGCAGGAGCUAAACGAGCUGCGUGAGACGGAGGGAGGCACGGUGCUCACGGCCACAACCUCUGAGCUGGACGGCAUCAACAAACGUGUUAAAGAGACUUUAGCUCGAUCAGAAGAUCUGGAUUCUCUGAUUGACAAGACUGAGGCGGAGAUCAAGGAGCACAUAAAGAGCAUGGAGCGAUGGAAGAACAUAGAGAAGGAGCAGAAUGACGCCAUCAACCAUGACACAAAGGAGCUGGAGAAAAUGACCAACAGACAGGGCAUGCUGCUCAAGAAGAAAGAGGAGUGCAUGAAGAAAAUCAGAGAGCUCGGCUCGCUGCCUCAGGAGGCGUUUGAGAAAUACCAGACCCUCACACUCAAACAGUUGUUCAGAAAACUGGAGCAGUGCAACACUGAGCUGAAGAAGUACAGCCAUGUCAACAAAAAGGCUCUAGACCAGUUUGUCAACUUCUCCGAGCAGAAGGAAAAGCUAAUCAAGCGUCAGGAUGAGCUGGACCGUGGCUACAAAUCCAUCAUGGAGCUCAUGAAUGUCUUGGAGCUGCGCAAGUACGAGGCCAUUCAGCUCACCUUCAAACAGGUGUCGAAGAAUUUCAGUGAGGUUUUCCAGAAACUGGUGCCGGGUGGCAAAGCUACGCUGGUGAUGAAGAAAGGUGAUGCUGAAGGAAGCCAGUCUCAGGAUGAAGGAGAGGGGGGUGCUGACAGCGAGAGGGGCUCCGGUUCACAGAGUAGCGUUCCCUCCGUGGACCAGUUCACUGGAGUCGGCAUCAGGGUGUCCUUCACCGGGAAGCAGGGCGAGAUGAGAGAGAUGCAGCAGCUGUCUGGAGGUCAGAAGUCUCUGGUGGCUUUGGCUCUGAUAUUUGCCAUCCAGAAGUGUGACCCUGCUCCUUUCUACCUGUUUGAUGAGAUCGACCAGGCCCUGGACGCACAGCACAGAAAGGCUGUCUCAGAUAUGAUUGUUGAGCUGGCUGGCCAUGCCCAGUUCAUCACCACCACCUUCAGACCUGAGCUGCUCGAAUCUGCCGACAAGUUCUAUGGUGUCAAAUUCAGAAACAAGGUGAGUCACAUCGACGUGAUCACAGCGGAGCAGGCCAAAGACUUUGUGGAGGAUGACACCACCCAUGGUUAAGAGUCUCCUGCUCUUUAUCGUCCUCUCGGCCCCCACCUCCAGCCCCUCUUCCUCCAUCUCUACAGCGCACUGCAAACCUCAAAGGCCUCCAAAACAGGGCCCAAACACAGACAUAUCCCACUCAGUCCAAAAACCUUUUUAUAGUCGUGUUAAACAUAAACAACACAGGAAGUCUCAGCUUCUUGUGACGUCCUUGUGAUUAAGAUGUAAUUUAAUUCAUGCCCAGAAACCCCAACUGACCAUUACUCAUAUUUAGAGUUAAAUCUUCAAAGGCUGAUACGAAAAAUCUGGAGGACAAAAUGCGGCUAUGUUGUUAAUCUUUAAGCUGACGGACUUGAUGUGAAUCAGCCUCAUUAUAGAUGACAGUUAAGAGAGGUGUAGUUAUUUUACACUGAAAAAAAAAAAGGUUCUGAAGGGAGCACUUCAUGUUUGUGUUACUGCGAUGAUUUAUUUUAGCCGAAUUUUGGCAAUCUGUCAUCCAAUGAUAAAAGCACCAGAGAUGCAACCCUUCAGGAUCUUUCCUCUUGUGUACAGUUGAGUGUUUUGAUAUGACUUGGAUGAAUCUUUGGGGGCCUUAGGCUCAUCUGGAUGUGUUCAUUCUUACUCUGGUUUCUGUAAUGUAUACUCUUUGUACUCAUGAAAUAUUACUUCUGUCACAAAAGCCACUUGGCUUAAAAUGUUCAAAGCUUGUGGUUCCCUUUUUAUGCUUGUAUUCUGUCAAUUCUGGUCUUGAGGUCAUUUCAAUAUAUGAAGUUUAAUUCCAAAACAACAGAUACCCAUUUGGGAACCAACACAUCCUCCUAACAAGAAUGUUUGUGAAACCUGACCGUGUCCACUUGGGUUCAGUACUCGGACAGUCGGUGUUUUCUAGGAAGCCAAGAUGUUAUUAAUCUUAAAUUUCCUUCAUGGAGUCUUUGUUUGGGAUUGAACUCCUCAUAUGUUGUACCUUGUUUCAAAGCUUUCUUAUUUUAAAUGUUUGUGUUCCUUUUUAUGUAAUAAGAAAAUAGAAA